UCAGCUGGUAAUAGUGUAGCGAAGGCGGGAAAAAGUUGCUGCUGACCACACUGCUAUUUCGUUAGUCAACAUGUCGAGUAUCGUGCAAAACGACCAGAGUGCGGAUAAAUUGAAGAAUGGUUAUUCAACGGAGAACGAGGAGCAUGAAGAGUAUCAAUACUUGAAUCUUAUUAAAAGAAUCAUCGAGAAAGGAAACGUUAAGACAGAUCGCACCGGCACUGGAACUCGCUCUAUUUUUGGCACGCAAAUGCGGUUCAGUUUGCGCGAUGGAGUUUUUCCAUUGCUGACGACCAAGAGAGUAUUUUGGAGAGGAGUCGUUGAAGAACUUUUAUGGUUUAUCAAGGGUUCGACCAACGCGAAAGAAUUAGCUGACAAAAAUGUGCAUAUUUGGGAUGCCAAUAGCUCUCGUCAAUUUCUCGAUUCUUGUGGAUUCAAAGACCGCGACGAGGGUGACUUGGGACCUGUUUAUGGUUUCCAAUGGAGGCAUUUUGGAGCUAAGUAUAUUGACAUGCACACUAACUAUACUGGCCAAGGGGUUGAUCAGUUAAAAGAUGUAAUUGAUAAGAUCAAAAAUAAGCCUGACGACAGACGGAUGAUCAUGUGUGCUUGGAACCCAGUGGACAUUCCAAUAAUGGCUCUUCCUCCUUGUCAUGCACUUGUACAAUUCUAUGUUGCCAAUGGAGAAUUAUCCUGUCAAUUAUACCAAAGAAGUGCUGAUAUGGGACUAGGUGUGCCUUUCAAUAUCGCAUCUUAUUCUUUAAUGACAUACAUGAUUGCUCACAUUGCAAAUUUGAAGCCUGGAGACUUUGUUCAUUCAAUGGGUGAUUGCCAUGUGUAUCUUAAUCACAUACCAGCCUUAAAAGAGCAAAUUACUCGCACACCAAAGCCUUUCCCUAAUCUUAAAAUAACAAGAGACGUUAAAGACAUUGAUGAUUUCAAGUCAAGUGAUUUUGAACUAGAGGGUUACAAACCACAUCCAAAGAUUGAGAUGCCCAUGGCUGUGUAACUUUAUCUCAAAUUAAAAGAUUUUGUGAACAAUGUUUGUGUAAUAAAUGUGUAUUAUAUUAUUUGAUAAGAAUAGUUAUUUUUCAUAAACUUGAAUGCAAAUUGUUUUUCUUUUUUUAUCGUUCCUAACAUUU